AUCAUCACAGGCCAAUGUCUUGCCUCUACGGGUUGGCAAAAUUUUAGUAAUGUGAUCCUCUAUGGCAAUGAGGCAUUUAUCAUCGAUCUUUGUUCUUACGAUUUGCAUUUAUUUUUUCCAAGUACAACCGAACAGGGCAUACCUGUUUCUUGCUAUUUUUAUCGCUGUUGUUAUAUUGUUUUGCUGGUCAUAAGUUGUCAGCUGCGUUCUUCACAGAUUGUUCUUUAUUUAUACCAGAAAGUUUGUAUGUUCAUAAGAUUCUUUCGCUGUACUCAUUGUUUCCAUGAAAAAAUGAUUCGAAGCUUCACGAAAGAAGUAAAAAUUGUCCCUUCUGAGGUAACUGUGAAGCUUCUACAACAGGCAAGGCAGCACAGUUAUAACAAGAGGUUUAUCAUUGAUGGGUUCCCACGCAAUGAAGAAAAUCGUACUGCAUUUGACACCAUAAUGAAAAUCGAACCGGCAUUUGUACUAUUUUUCGAUUGUCCUGAAGAGGAGUUGACAAAAAGUACUCUGAACAGAAACCAGGGGAGGGUGGAUGAUAACAUUGAUAUCUUAAGUAAGCGACAUAAAGCCUAUUUUGAAACAACCUUGCCCGUAAUAAGUUAUUAUGAAAGCAGAACUAGAUAG